UAAGGGGGCUAAGGCGCCAAGCUGAGCAUGCUUUCAGUUCCCAAAGUUCGCACUCCCCGUUUCUUCUUUCUUCCCCGUUCACUUCUUUUUCUUUACCCAUCUGCCUCUGGGUGCGCAACUGAACUUCAUCAAUGGCUUCCCCGGAAGAAUCAGCCUCAGACUCUACGCCACAGACUCUUCCCACGGAUAAUCCGUUGCUUACUGAUAUAUCUAUGAAACAAUUUCGAUCCUUCCUCGGAUAUUAUCCACUGGAUUCAUCGAAUGGUUGCAUCCCGAUAAUGGUCAAUGCUUGUACUGGAAAAAUGGGGAAGGCUAUCAUUGAAGAAGCAGAAAGUAGUGGACUGUUCGUUGUUCCUGUAUCAUUUUGCAGUGAAAGGAAGUCCGGGAAGAUUCACAAGGUCCGUGGACAGAAGUUCUUUGUGCAAGGUCCUGCUAACAGGGAAAGAUUUCUUCAAUAUCUACUAAGUGUGUACCCAGAUUUGAUUGUUGUGGAUUUCACAGUGUCAUCUGCAGUUAAUGCUAAUGCAGAGUUAUACUGUAAGCAUGGGGUGCCCUUUGUGAUGGGGACCACCGGUGGGGACAGGAAUCUGCUGGCUAACACCAUUCAAGACUCUCAGGUUUAUGCACUCGUAUCUCCUCAAAUGGCAAAACAGGCUGUUGCAUUUAUUGGAAUUUUAGACAUUAUGGCUGACCGUUUUCCUAUGCUCUUCUCCGGGUAUUCCUUGAAGGCUGUGGAGUCCCUGGAUCAAAGCAGAGCUGAGAUAAGUGAGACCGCAAAGACUGCAAUUUCUUUCUUCAAUAAACUGGGGGUGCCUUUUAAUAUUGCUCAGAUUGAAUCAAUCAGGGAUCCCACACGACAGCCAGAAAUGGUGAUAAUUGGUCAGGAUCACGUAGAUUGUCACGAGCUUCAUGCGUAUAAUUUGGCAUCACCAGGUGAAACAGCUCGGUUUGAGUUUCGAAUUUGCAUUAGGGGUAGAUCAAUAUAUGUUGACGGCACUGUGGAAGCAGUAUUUUUUCUGGCCAGAAAGGUUGGAGGCAGGGAUGACAAGAGAGUGUACGACAUGCACGAUGUCUUAAAAGAAGGUUAUGUACAGUAGAAUGACAUUAUGUUGUACACGGGAUGAUCAUCUUCUCUUGUGACUGUAUCUACCGCAAAAAAAGCAAACAAAAAAGCACCCGAGUUUCAGAAUUGUGUGAAACAAAAUUGAACUUCUAUAAUGUAGGAGUUUGGAUAUUGCUGAUGUAAAGUGAUUGUAUUGUUUUACAGUAUGAGUCCAUUUAUGGACUGGUGACACAGUACAGUGUUGUUUCACUGUUGUGAUCCCCCAAGCCAACAUUUAUCACCUCACCCACUGACAAAGUGCUUAAGAGGGGAUGGGGAUAAAAGGUUCAGAAUUCAAUUCCUCAUGUAACUCGAGGAACUUAAAUCAACCCUCAUAGUAGGGCUCAAAUUGCUUUUGUUAGAGGGAUGCUGUGGGGUCAAUGAUAUAAUUCACCACCUCUGUAACCUCUUUUCGAUACCAAAAAAAUAAAACAAAAACAAAAAGAAAUAAAGAGAAGA